AAAAUAUUUAAUGAUAAAUCAUUAUUUCAAGUUCCUUUAUUACUGGGUUUAGGGUUUGGGGACGGAAGACAGUAUGACAAUAAAACCCUAAAUGCAAAGUCUGCAACAACUUUCUGGGUCGGCGCUGCUCAUUAUUUUCAGGAUCGACCUUGGAAUUAAAAAAAAAUGGAAGUGAAAAAUGUUUCAGAGUCAUCGGUCUCGGAUGCUAAAUUGAGUCGUUCUGAAAGGAAGAAAAUGAAGAAACAGAGGAUGGAACGAGAUAUUGAAACUAGAAAUGGUGAAUCCCUUGACAAAGCAGCUUGUUUAGGAACAGAGGACGUUGAUUUAGGGGCAGAGCAAUCGAGUCGUUCGCGUAAGAAGAGAAAGAGGAAAGAAAAUUCUUUUGUGGAGUCAUCGGGAUUGAAGGAAGAACCGAACUCGUUAAUGAAUGAUUCCGUGUCAGGUAGAGAUUCAAAUGUACAGACUCCGGGGAAUAAUGUUUCGGAGAGUCCAUUGAAAGGACAAUCGGCUGAUUCAGAAAGGAAGCGAAAGAGGAAGAAAAAGAAGAGUAAGAUGGCUACAUCUGUGGAAGUUGACAACUCUUUGGUAGAUGAAAAGAAUGAAAGUGAUUCUCAUUUGGAGCCUGGACUGGAAGGGGCUCAAUUGAAUGAACAAACUGUUCAAGCGGAAAGUAAAAGGAAGAAGAAGAAGAAGGGGAAAGGAAAGAAGACAACGCUUAAUGUCAUGGAGGAUGAAGAUAUUAGCUCAAAGAGCAAUGGCAAGGACAGUAAUGAAGUUGAAAAUGAAAGGUGUACUGAACCUCAAAUUAUUAAUGAAAAGAAUAUUAGAAAGGAGGAUCCUAUUUCUAUAUCUGAAACUGUAGAGUCGAAAAAUACUAACAAAAUUUCUUUGAUAACUUAUAAGCAAAGUGAUUUUUCAGGAAUUCAAAAUCCCCAUGUUGAUGGAGAUAUUGUUAUGCCUGAAACUGAAGUUAUUGAAAAAUCAAAAAAGGUAAAAACCCAUCACAAGAAGAAGAAGAAGUCUUCUAAUCUAUUGGGAGAUGGUUUAGAACAUGUCCAGGAGAAUGGCCCAAUACAGAUUUCUGUUGAGCAUAGAGAGAAGGAGCCUACAAUUGGUUGUUCGGAAAAUGGGUCCGGUGAAGUACCAGUUGGUCACGCUAUGCCUGCACAGGCUUCAGGGGAAGCAUUGGGCAACAACAUAGGCAUUGAAUCUGAUCUUAAAGGAAGGAAAAGAAAGAAAAGAAAGAAGUCGAAGGAUGUUGAGAAAGAAACCAAGAUGGAAGAAGUUAAUCCUUCUCCUUUGAAUUUGGCUGUUGCAAAAGAUGAUGUUACACUAGCAGCUAAUGUUUGUCCUUCGAACUUGUCUGUCACAAAAGAUGAUGUUAUACGAACAGCUAAUGUUUCUCCUUCAAACUUGGCUGACACAAAAGACAAUGUUACACUAGCAGCUAAUGCUUCUCCUUCAAACUUGGCAGUCGUAAAAGACAAUGCUACACUAACAACUAAUGUUAAAGAGAACAAUUUCUCACAAACAUUGUACUCUUCAUUUCAAAGAAAAAGCGUCUGGCGUCCUAGGAAAAAGCUUCUUGUGCUUGAUUUGAAUGGAAUUCUUGUAGAUGUUGUUCAACAACCAAAAAGAAAGCCAAAUACUAGAGUAGAUGGGAAAGGAGUUUUCUUUAGACCGUUUUGUGUUGAAUUUCUCGAAUUUUGCUUCAAGACAUUUAAUGUCGGAAUCUGGUCGUCAAGAGUAAAUAGAAACAUGACGAAGAUGAUUGGGCUUCUUCUUAGAAAACAAUGGAAACGUGAACUGUUUUUCUGUUGGGACCGAAAGCUGUGUACAAUUACAAAAUUCAAAACCCUCGAGAAUGAGGAGAAACCGCUUGUUUUGAAGGAACUUAGAAAAUUAUGGGACAGGUGUUUACCCGAGCUUCCUUGGAGGAGGGGCGACUAUGAUGAAUCAAACACACUAUUGUUGGAUGAUUCGCCAUAUAAGGCUUUGCGAAAUCCUGCAAAUACUGGUAUAUUUCCAUAUCCUUAUCAAUACACGGAUGCCGAUGAUCAUUCAUUAGCACCUGGAGGAGAUAUUCGGGACUAUCUUGAACGGAUAGCUGUAGCAGAGAAUGUUCAGAAGUUUGUGGAGCAAAAUCCAUUUGGGCAACAGGCUAUCACAGAGGCAGAUCCGCAUUGGGAAUUCUAUUCCCAGGUUAUAAAAGAUUUGAGGUUACAUGCUGGGUAAUUCCCAUGCUGAUAUUUUGAAUGGUAAGUCCUCCAAUUUGGCAUCUUUUUAAGUGAUGUUAGCUGAGCUGCAUUUAGAGUUUUGUUCCAACAUUAGGCCUUUCAUACUACACACUUGAGAUGGCCUUCCUUUUAUUGGUAACUCUCAAUUCAUUUUCUAGUGUCUUUACACAUUUGUUCUCCGAUGAGUUAAAAUGUUGCUUCAAUUACACCGAUGUAUGUUAGAAUAUGAGUAGGAGGAUAUAAUCUUUCGAGGACGUUUCAACCAACAA